AUGUCGGCUGAUCAAGUUUCUGAAGCCAAAAAUGAAGCUGUUGUGGAUACUUCUGAACACGUGGCCAAGAAGGCUAAGCUCGACGACGGCACUCCUGUCUCGGACGGCAGGGUUUCGAGAAGAGAUAAGAACAAAACGGAAUGGACUCCUCGUUUAGACGCCGAUGGCAAUCCAAUGCCAAAGACUGAGAGGAAGCCAAAGAGAAAAGUGGCAUGCAUGCUUGGUUACUGUGGAACCGGUUAUAAUGGUAUGCAAACCCAACCCGAUCCCAAGUUGAAGACAAUCGAAGAUGUGCUCUUUAAAGCUUUUGCAGAUGCUGGAGCUAUUUCUGAGGAGAACUCCGAUGACUUGAAAAAGAACUCAUUCCAAAGAGCUGCAAGAACCGACAAGGGUGUACAUGCAGCAGGUAACGUUGUGUCUUUGAAGCUCAUCAUUGAGGACCCCGACAUUAUCAGCAAGAUCAAUGCUGCUCUUCCUGAACAAAUUAGAGUAUGGGGAAUUGAGAGAGUGAAUCGCUCCUUUGACUGCAGAAAAAUGUGUUCGUCGAGAGUUUACGAAUAUCUUCUACCCACUCAUAGCUUGCUUCCUCCUAGACCACACUCAAGUCUUCUUCAACUCAUUGAGGAGAGCAAGAAGGGAAAUCCAGGUGUUUUGAGGGAUGACCCAGAGCAGGCAUGGUGGGAUGCUACAAAGCAACGUAUACUUGACGAGGGCAUCACUGAAGAGGAACUUCGACUGGUUUUUGAGAAGAACGAUUCUUCCCUGGAGGACAACAUCAAAUUGGACUAUCUUACCGAAGAUGGUGAGGUGACGGAUUAUGGGAAGUUAGUCAAGAAAGUAAGAGCUAUCGAGAAUACUUGCCGCAGUGAAUAUAGAGCGAGCGAGGAGAAGAUUAAUCUUUUCAGAGAAGCCAUGAACCAGUAUGUGGGGUCUCACAAUUACCACAACUUCACGUUGGGAAAGAAGUUUCAAGAUCCCAGCGCUCGCCGUUUUAUGAAAAGCACUAGUGUCUCUGAUCCUUUCAUUAUUGAAGGCAGUGAAUGGAUCUCGAUCAAGAUCCAUGGCCAAUCAUUCAUGUUGCAUCAAAUCAGAAAGAUGAUUUCUAUGGCCUCCCUUGUGGUGAGAACUGGCUGUCCAGUCACUAGAAUCACCGACUGUUUUGGACCAGCCAAGAUCAACAUUCCAAAGGCACCUGCUUUGGGCUUGUUACUAGAAUGCCCAGUGUACGAGGCUUACAACAGUAAGCUUGAAGAGUUGGGUUACAAUGGCAUUGAAUUCUCUGGAUAUCAGAAGGAGAUGGACGCUUUCAAAAUGAAACAUAUCUACGACAAAAUCUAUGCUGAAGAGCAGAACCAAAAAGUCUUCCAAGGAUUCUUCGAAUUCCUCGACAAGUUCAAGAACUCUGAGGCAAGAACAGGUGGCAGACAUAUCUUUGACUUUUUGGGUGCUGCUUUUAACAACGGCUUAGACAAUCAGGAAAAGACGAAGAGGACAGACGCUGCCAAUGAUGACAAGAGCACUGAGUAA